UCCGCCCACAUGCUCUUGAACGGGAUGUCCGUGAUGUCGUACCACUGCGGCUUCAUCUCGUCGCUCUCAGACGGCUCGCCCGAGAACUGCUGCGUCAGGAAUACGUGCACCUCCAUCACCUCCUUUGCUUCUUCGAAGGAGAAGAGCAGCACACCACGCGGCUGAAGAUGUUCUGCUUUAACCGACACGUUGGCCUCCUCUUCUAUCUCUCUCGCUGCUGCAGCCGCGAUGCUGGCGUCCGAGACCUCCACUUUGCCACCGAAGCCGUUCCACUUGCCCAUUCCAAAGCCGCGCUUCUUCAUACCCAGCAGAACCUGCUGGGAGCCCAUAUCAUCGCGCACAAUGAACGCUAGCGUGAGCAACUUACGCGGAAGCGCGGGCACUUGGAGGCUGCGACGCAUGAUGGCUGCCGAAGCUGAAGGUGUCAAAUGUAGCCACAAAAAUCAGUGACAUUAAACAGAGAAUUACUAACGUCACAUCACACUGAAUCAUAUCCUGUUCUUCAAGCGAGGGCAUACAACAGCCAAGUUAAAAACAUCAAAGCGUAUCUUGGUCGCUCAUUUCCAGAGAAGCCACCAAGUGCGCAUCAAGAGUGUUGGUCGUCCCCCCUUGGACGUUGUCGCUGGCCAAGCUGCUGCUGUUUCUCGCGAACCGCUCGCCCAGCAUGAUCGGGAUGCUGGCAGUGGCGAUACUGAGCGUCUGCGUGUCGCUCUCGCUGUGCGUAGUGCCGGUUUUGGCGCGUUACACGGUCUUCCCACUGCUCUCAGGGCUCAUUCACAAGUUCGCGGCCGCUUAUCUCACUGAUAGCAUCCAGGUUGAGUAUACCUUUGGCUCCUUCGCGGUGCGUGCCCGACGUGGCGUCGGCGCGGCCUCGGAGAUGCUGCGUGGCAUCACCAUCUCGCUCUUCUUCGUCAAGUUACAGAGCGAAUUCCUUAAGACGCUGGCCUUCACCAAGCAGGGUCUGGCCCCCGUGGAUCUUAAGAGCGUGAGUAUUAAGAAGAUUACCAUCCACCUGGCUACGACCUGGAAGGUGGUGGUCAAAGUGGAAGGAGUGGCCGUCGAUGGUCAAAUAGUAGACCCCAAUGUGGAAGGAGUCUUCGAGCUGCAGGACGCUGUGGCCAUGAAGCUCGCCGAGGCGGCCUUCUGGAUGAAUCUACUGGUGACCGAACGCACCACGUCGGAGCUGAGGCAGAAACAGGCGGAGGAGCUGGCCAAUAACCCGUCAAAGUCGUUCUCCUUCAAAGACCGCGUGUUGCAGCAGAUUGCAGCCCAAGCGGAUGUCCAUGUAAGCGAUGUGAGAGUGGCCAUCACAGGCCUGACGCCUGGAGCUGCUGCUAUUGAUGGCCACGACGACGAAGUCGAGGAGAAGGACGACGAGGACGCAGAGGUGGCCACCACCAGUUCCAUUCCUGUGGUACUCAAGCCCACGCGUGUAAGCGUUUCGCUCAAGUCGUUUGACUUGCAGACUGACGUACUGCAUGAGAACAGCGAUGAGGCUUUGCAGCUUGUUCUGACGUCAGAGGAGAUCCUCGUGGAGCACGCUGUGAGCAUCAAGGGCAUGAACAUCUGCGCUGCUACUGUCGAUGAUGGAGAGGAUGACAACUCGGCCGUGGAGAAGAAACAGGACCCGUUGAAAGACAAUGGUGGUGUUGGUCCUGGUGAGACGCCUCUGCUGUCCUUCCCUGGUCUCGAUUUGAAGCUGAAGGUGCCGCCCAUGCCAAGAUUGCUGGGUAUUGUGGAGCACAUCGCUCCUAUUCCAAUGAAGAAUCGCCUGGCCCACGUGGAACUUACAUCGUCUUCGAUCAACAGCAUUUCCGUCACGCGUGAGCUGUUAGUGGGUGUGCUACGUGACCUGUUUGUGCCGUACACGGACCACCAGGUGCUAGUGCAAUCAGUGCGCACGCUGGAACACGACGAGACUGUCCGUAAGCCGAUUUCCAAAGAAGAUGAAGAGUUUUACGUGGCUAACUACGACCAAGUGGACAGCAACAAGUCGCUGUCGAGUCAGGAGAAAAAGGACCGCAAUGAAGAACUGCAGAAACUGGAGAAAUCGAUGACGCUGAACAAGAUUCUGAAGCUUCGCAGUCGCGCGACUGGGUUGGCCAAGUACUAUCGUCACAAUAAAGAAGAGCUUUCUCUUGCGGACUACACUGCGAUUGUGCGGGAGAACGCUGCCAAGCCGAGUAACAUCAUGUUCAGAGCAAUGGAGGUCGCACUACGCUGGGAGAACAUGAGCAUUGGGUUUGUUGAGCGCGGUCGUCAAGUUGCUGAGAUGGUGGUGAUAGGCUUUGGCGUCAAUGUGCGCAUGUUCACGAUUGCAGAGGGUGAAGAGAAGCAGAAACUCGACGUGGAUAUGGUGUUAGGCCAGACCACAUUUGUUGUGAACGUUGGGGUUUCAGUUCUGAACCCUGUGUCUCCGACGGCCAAGGUAUUGUUCGCAGAUUUCAGCAAGAUCGCUGCCGAGUCGGAUGUGAUUACUCCACCACAGAUGCUGACUGCUCAUGUGAGCCAAUUUGAAAGCGGCAAACAGGACGUGCGUGCUGCUGUGAAUAAUGUCAAGUUGGUGCUUUCUGCUAAUGCACUGGAGCAUUUCCUGCUGUACGUGGAUCGACUGAGCACGAAGACUACCCAGGUACUAUCGACAUCGCGUCCGCCCACGACUCCAAUUACUCACUCCGAGUCGUCACCUGCACCGGUGCAAGUUGCCAAGAGUGAGGUGGAUACGGUUACUAAGGAGGUGUCGAUGUCUCCGUUCAGCCUGCUUGGUGGCAUGCUGCUGAAUCUCGAUGUGAACAUGAACGACUGCCACAUCCUACUGCUACCCACACAAUCCUUCUCGAAGUCGUUGUUCACAGAUAUUAACGUGGAGACUUGGCAGAGCGAAUAUGUGGUAGACUGUCGCGUGGACAUGCCAGCUACGUUAAGCAUUCAUCUCGAAAGCUCCAAAGUGAAGGAGAUGCUGGAGUUCAACGUGCACAGCUUCAGUAUUGGAGCUCAAUACGUCGAAGGUGCGAAGGAGGUGGAAACCAUUCUGGCCCCAACAACAAUUGUGUUCCAGUUCACACUUGCUCAAGACACCAAGAACCCCUUGGUUUGCCACCAGAGUGUAAUGAUGCACAUGCCGGAUGUCUUGGUUGCUGGGUCGGACCUCAGUUUGUCGCUGCUGGCUUCUUGUGGUGAGGCUCUCGGAAACGUGCAGACGACUACACCCGACCAGGCCCGACUUCGCCUUGAGAGUCGAUUGAAACAAGACGAGAUCCGUCGCCAGGCCGAAGUUGACGCAGUUCUCGACCGCCUCCACCGUCUUUUCAACGAGAUCGAUGAAAACGGAAAUGGACGCAUCGAACUGGCCGAGCUCCUUCUGCUGCUGCGCCGCGUCAAGGUCGGCGACACUUUAUUAGAAAGUGAAUUGGAGCACUUCGUUCGUGAAUUGUUCAAGGAAAUCGACCAGGAUGGCAACGGAUUCCUGGAGUUCCAAGAGCUGCGAGCAUUCUUGCGCGAUGAUCUAAUGUCCGAUGAAGCUGCAGCUUCUACCGCCGAUUCAAAGUCAGCGAACGGCAGCAAUGCGCUCCAUGGCUUCCUUAACCUCCGCGGCAACGAAUAUCAUUCGUUCGAAGUGAUUAGCAAGCUGUGUGACACGAAGAUAACUUCGUCGGAGCAGCUUGCAGAAUGGAUCAAGCAUCCAGCGUUUGAAGGCCGAUUCUGGGAAUUGUUUGAGGGUGAAGCUCGCGUCAAGAACCGAUCGUUAGGUGACCAGAACCCUUUGGAUGUACAGAAGAAGUUGGUUCGUCUGUUGAAGAACUACGAUGCGGCCAACUUGAUCUGGGAUGCUUUAGUGUUGCCUGCUUUGGAAGGCAACGGCACAGAUCUUGUGAUGUGCGAGUGGUUAUUACAGCCGUUUACGCGCUGUGGAGGCAUUAGUGAGUACCAAAGUGCUGCGAAGGUGAUCGCAAAGAAGAAACGUGACGGUAUCUUCGCUGCAGCAUUGGAGGAGGCCGAACAGUUGGUGAGUAAGCUCACUCAGGACGCAAACCCAGUGAAGAAGGUGCUGCAGUUCACGACAGACGUCAAGAUGGGUAACCUACGGUUUGUUCUGACAGACGCAGAACUUCCUGCUCGAUUCUGCCGCGGUGACUUUGUCAUCAAGGACGUGAAGAUGUCGAUGGAGCUAACUGGAAAGGAAAUCGAUGAGAUCGGACCCGUUGAUUGGAUCGGGUUGGCUACAUCGGGCAAUUCCGACUGGACGAUCCUGUUUGGCUUCAAGAUGUCGUCGUCCUGUUACAGCGAUAUCGCGAAUGACAUGGAGAACAUCAUUGAGCCGUGGGAUUUGGUUGCCGGUAUCUCUUCUGGAGCUGGUGAGAACGGCUUCUCUGUGUUGAUGGAGGCUGCCAAGCGCUUCCAGAUCAAUGUGACGCCCAGUGUUCUGAAGACAUAUCGUGCUCUGAUGGACGCACUUGACGGUGAGGCCCAGCAGAAUGCUCUGCAGAAACACCAGGACAGCUUCCAAAGCAUUACCGCCGCGAAGAAGCGCAAAGAAACGGAUUGCCUCGUGCAGAACUUUACGGGAUGCAAGGUCACUUUGAAGCUGAACGGUAGUGACGAAGAAAUCGUGAUUGAUGCGCACAACCGCACUCAUAUUGAACACGGAGCACUCAAGAAUGGCGAGGCAACGCUCGACUCGCUUGAAAUCGAUCAGUGGGGAACCAGCAAUACCGCGGUGAAGUUGCCAUCAUUCGGCAAUGUUAGCGUUGGAGUGAGCACUGCUGAGGCAACGCCCUCUACUCUGUUUGUCACUGUUUUUUCGCGACUGGAAAACCCGCGACGCCAACUUAUUGUGCUGAGAUCCAACACAUACUUCUGCAACCACAGUUCUGAGUGCUACGAAGUGAAAUAUCUCAGUCUUGCAAGCGAAGGCAGGAAGGCUAUAGAGUCUCCUGUUAUCAAGUUGCGCCCCAAUGAGCGAAUUUCGCUUCCGCUGUCGCUUCUCAUGGGGAUCACGGAGUUUUACGCUCGUCCAGAAAACUACGAACACUGGAUUGUGAAGACGUCACUGAACAAUGAUGUGUUAACAUCGACGGAGGCGAUCAAAGAGCUGGAGGUGCAUGAUGCUGAACGAGAGAUUAAGAAGAAACAGCGUCGUGGUGGCACCAUUGUCUAUGGCGAGACCGAGGAAACGUGCACGAAGGUCAUCAAGAGUUUGACACCGAACAUGAUCGUGCGUCGUUGGCACCUGCGCUCACAUUUCGAGUGGGAAUUGGCGCUGUUGCCUCCAUUUGUGGUGCGUAACUCGCUGCCGUACGAGAUGGAAUACCGUUUCAUCGAGUACAAGACCAGUUCCUUGCAGGACAUGAAGACGGAGUACGCCAAAGUUGAAGAGCUUCUGCGACGUGAGAGUGCACUUGAGGUGUCGGAUGGAGUAUUGACUGGCGUUGUAGAGUCAGGUCACGAUACUGAAGUGUCUGGUGUUUCCGGAGGAUACCCAGGAUAUUUGUCUGUUCGACUGGUUGCCAAGAAGCACAGUACGGGCAAGCACGUUGCGUCUCCGUGGUCAAAGCCGCUUCUGAUGAUGAUUCACAAGGGAGUAGAGCAGUUCACGACGUCUCGCGAGAAUGUGGAAGCCGACACUGGUCUCAAGUUUAACAUUGAUCGAAUCACGCUGCCUGGUUACCCUCGACUCGUUCGUUUUUCGAGCCCGUACUGGAUUGUGGACAACACCUCUCUCGCCUUCGACUUUGCGUCUACCGAACAAGGCGCGAAGAAAUCUUCAUUUAAACCCAUGGACGUGUGUGCACCAUUCAGCUACCCGAUCAUGACGUCGCUACGUCACGAUCGUCUGAGUCUGAAGCCACGUGCGAAUCUCAAUCGUCGCCCAGAGGCAUGGGGAGAACUAGGCAACAUGCCGCAGACGGCUUAUAAGGCUUCUACUGUGUCUGAACAUGCUAUCAAGAACGCACAAUGGUCGGAACCGGUUAACACGACUGCCAUCAACACGAUGGGUGAGAUCGUAUGCGGCCCAAGCGUCUUCAGCGUCAAGAUGGAAGGUCUGUACGGGCUUUUCGAGCCAGGUGUGUCGCUCACGUUGAGUCCGCGGUAUUUCGUGCAGAACCGACUGAAUCAGAAACUCUACAUCCAGAGCUUUGCCUCGCACGACAAUGACCCGCAGAAGGUUGUUGACAUGUUCCACAAGCGAAGCGCGGAGGAGGUGAAGCAGCUGCAUCUAGCGCUUGAAGAUGGCCAGACUACACCGCUGUAUCACUUUGGCUCGUUGAAGAAGGGUGAGUCUGUGGAGCAAAGUCAACGCUACGUGUCGUUUUCGUUCUCGGAGGACUGGGGCACCGACGCCGACAAGAAGAACUGGUCGUUCGCUAUCCCGAUCAAUACGGCGGGAGAUCUCUACUUGCAGGUCUACUCAUCUGUGCGUCAGCGAUACCUUAUUUGCCAAGCAAGUGUGCAGGUGGUCGACAUGUACGUGUACGUGGUUCUGACCGAUGUGUCCUGCGCACCGCCGUAUCGCAUUGAGAACUACACCCCGUUUACUGUGGACUGCGCACAACUAGGCGAGUCGUCCAUCUUCAGCAGCGGGCAGAAGGCGAUGGCUGCCACUAUUAAAUCUGGUGCGUGGCACGCGUUCGCUUGGUUCAAUCCGUUGUCAAAGGAACGUCAAGUCGAGCUCCGUCUUUCGCAUCUGGAUGCUCCCAAAGCGCAGACCAAGAAGUAUGACAUCGACUACGUCGGCUACUUGGAUCCAAUCACCAUGUGGGUGUCACGUGAUGGCGAGAAACAGCAUCCCGUUGAGUUGACUGUCCAAGUUGUCGUUGAAGAGAGUACUCGCGUGCUUAAGAUCGCUGAGAAGGAGUUGGAACUGAGUCUUCUGGAAAGCCAGGACUCCGAGGGAGAGGGCGAUGUUCAGCACCGACGAAUGCUAUACGCGUCGUCUUUCGACAUCGCGUUCGAUGGUUUUGGAUUCUCCUUGCUGGAUGGAUUCCCUCAGGAAGUGUUCUUCGCGUCAGUCGAUGUCAUCAAGGUGCAAAAGGCUCCUGCAUCGCUGGAAUGGACGUUCUCAGUGCUGCACUGCCAAGUGGAUAACAUGCUGGCGACUGCCAAGUUCCCUGUGAUCAUGAACCCAGUGAACGCCGGCUACAGUGACAAGUCCGUUGGCAAGGAACCGGAACCGUUCUUGAAGCUGGUGCUUGAUGCAGAUCUCGAGGCUCGUAUGGGAACCUACAAGCUGCUUAAAUUCAGUCUGAGUGAUCUAGCAGUGAAGGUGGAUAUCGAUUACUUGGUGAAUCUCGUCAAACUGCUCGAACCGUACUUGGUGUCUGACGCUACCAUGGCGCACCGCUCAAGACUGACGCUUGAGAGCACACUUCAUCGUCGUGCUCCACCCAUGCCUGUGAUGUUGGUGACGGAGGACGGCGGCAUCCAAACGGAUCUCGUGUACUUCGACAUCCUGCGUAUAUCUUCGCUGUCAAUUGAUUUGGAAUACUCAAUCACGCGCAAAGAUAUCGUGUCGUCUACGGGUGGAGGCCACUCCGUGAUCUUCGGCUUCCUAAGCCAGAUCAUCGGGUUGAUCGGAUCAAACCUCAGUGGCUCACCGACCUUCAGCUUCAGCGAGAUCGUGAUUGUUAGAUGUUUCUCGACGAAACAGCGUCUUCAAUCCCAACUUGUCGCGAACUACGUCCAACAAGGUGUGAUGCAGGCUUACCGUCUUGUUGGCAGCGCAGACAUCAUUGGCAACCCGAUUGGCCUUGUGGAAGACUUGGGUUCUGGUGUGGUGGAAUUUUUGAAGAUUACGAAGGGAGAAUUGACUGGUGAUGCUCAAACUCGUGGUGAGGGAGUGAAAGUACUGGGCAAAACCAUCGUCAAGUCGGGUGCUUCCUCCGUCGCGAAGAUCACGGGGUCGCUGGAUAAGUUCGUGGGCGAGUUUUCUGAUGACAAACCUGAUCCUUCUGUUGAAGAUUUGUCUAAUGAUAAUGCUGGAAUCAAGUUCGCUAAGGACCUUGGUCGCGGCUUCACGGGCAUUUUCACGAAACCAGUUGAAGGCGCGAUGAAGGGUGGCGUUACUGGACUUGUACAAGGCACAGUACAGGGUAUUGCCGGCCCCGGUGUCGUCCUGCUCAAGGGUCUCACGUCGACGUCUCACAAUCUUGCGCUGGGUGUGCAGUCGACUGUUGUGGAUCGUUCUCCAUUCGGCGGUCGUCGUCGCAAGCCGAAGCUGGUGGAGAAUGGCAAACUGAUUGCGGAGUUUGACGAGGAACACUACAAGCCUACGCGUUUGGAGCUGGAGGUUCUCGGCGCUAACGGGUUGGAUUCCGAUAAGUCGUGCGAUCCGUUGUGUGUUGUACGUAUCGACGGCGUGGAUGUGAUGAAGACUGCUGUCAUUUACAACACAGUGAAUCCUGUGUGGGAAGAGAAGACCCAAUUGGCAUUGACAGGCGAGGAGAGUGAAGUGCAGUUCGUGGUGAAGGAUUCUUACGGUGGAACAGUAGCUAAGACUGUCGGUAAGUGCAUUUUAAGUAUGGCGAAGCUGCAAGAGGAUUUCAAGCCACCCGAGUACGCGUCGGAUCUGGCCCAAUGGGUGCAUACGCAAGUGAAGCCUGGGAACACGAAGAAGAACGUCAGUCACGUGAUUACUGAAAAGGAAUACCCGCUCGUAAUGCUCAAGAAGAACAGCUCGAAGGCGGCUCAUGCUGCUUCUUUCGGUGACGAGAAGCACCAAGUUCUUGUGACGAUUCUGUCGCUUCGUGACAUGGUGGUCACGAGCUCGACUGGCGGUGGAGUGCUUGGUUUGGGCAACUUGGGAAGCAGUACGCCCAAUAUUUCACCAUAUAUCUCGGUGCAUGUUGGCAAGAACGCGAACCGGACGAACAUCACGAAGAUGUCGUUCGUCAAGAACAAGAAGGAGCAGUUCGGCAACGCGUCGUGGGGCGAGAGCUUUACUUUCCCGUUGACUGCCAAGGAGCUACAUCGCAGUGGCGCUGACUCCAGAUUGGUCGUGUAUCUUAAGGACAAGAGUAUGCUGGUGGACACGCGUCUUGGAUCUGCGACGCUGGAGAUUGACGCCACGAAGAUUAACGUGCCUGCAUCGACGGAAGAGCUGAUACUCAAGGACCAAUCGGGCAAAUUGGUCGGCUACAUAACAGUGAAGGUGGAAGUAACUGGAUCCGCCACGUCGUCGCGUUCGCUGUCGAUGAGUGCGCUUAUGUCUGCUGGUGAUGACAUGGCCAACCUCCCGCCCGAUGCUGUCAAGGCCGGCACCAUCCGUGUGUCCUGCGACUUCGAGUAAGCUCCAUCGACGUAUUUUGCAUUUUUACGUAUAGCGGUAAUAUAACCUGCAAACAAGUUGAAGUAAUCUAAAAUCGUACUUAUUCGAGUUGUUAAUGCACACCA